CGUGGCCCGUUAGCAGGAAGCCGAGCAGUCGCCCCGACGCUAGAGAGGGACCCAAUUCGAGUCCCCGAGCCCACGAGUCCGAGCGGUGUGUACUGCGUGCUCCGCGCUGCCCGACAGUUCCCAGCCAAACUUCGCCAACUCCGCCGCCUUUGCCGCCACCAUGCCCAAGACGAUCAGUGUGCGUGUGACCACCAUGGAUGCAGAGCUGGAGUUUGCCAUCCAGCCCAACACCACUGGCAAGCAGCUGUUUGACCAGGUGGUGAAAACGAUUGGCCUGAGGGAAGUGUGGUUCUUCGGUCUGCAGUAUCAGGACACGAAGGGUUUCUCCACUUGGCUGAAGCUCAAUAAGAAGGUGACUGCCCAGGAUGUACGAAAGGAAAGUCCCUUGCUCUUCAAGUUCCGGGCCAAGUUCUACCCUGAGGAUGUAUCUGAAGAAUUGAUCCAGGACAUCACCCAGCGCCUAUUCUUCCUGCAAGUGAAGGAGGGUAUUCUCAAUGAUGAUAUUUACUGCCCUCCUGAGACGGCUGUGCUGCUUGCCUCCUAUGCUGUGCAGUCCAAGUAUGGUGACUUCAAUAAGGAGGUGCACAAGGCUGGCUAUCUGGCUGGAGACAAGUUGCUGCCACAGAGAGUCCUGGAGCAGCACAAACUCAACAAAGACCAGUGGGAGGAGCGAAUCCAGGUGUGGCAUGAGGAACACCGGGGUAUGCUCAGGGAGGAUGCAGUCCUGGAAUAUCUGAAGAUUGCUCAAGACCUGGAGAUGUAUGGAGUGAACUACUUCAGCAUUAAGAACAAGAAGGGCUCAGAGCUGUGGCUGGGUGUGGAUGCCCUGGGUCUCAACAUCUAUGAGCAGAAUGACAGACUGACUCCCAAGAUAGGCUUCCCUUGGAGUGAAAUCAGAAACAUCUCUUUCAACGAUAAGAAGUUUGUCAUAAAGCCCAUUGACAAAAAAGCCCCGGACUUUGUCUUCUAUGCACCCCGACUGAGGAUUAACAAGCGAAUCUUGGCCCUGUGCAUGGGGAACCAUGAGCUAUACAUGCGCCGCCGCAAGCCUGACACCAUUGAAGUGCAGCAGAUGAAGGCACAGGCCCGGGAGGAGAAGCACCAGAAGCAGAUGGAACGUGCUCUACUGGAAAACGAGAAGAAGAAGCGUGAGAUGGCAGAAAAGGAGAAGGAGAAGAUUGAGCGGGAGAAGGAGGAACUGAUGGAGAGGCUGAAGCAGAUUGAGGAACAGACUAAGAAGGCUCAGCAAGAACUGGAAGAACAGACCCGCCGGGCCAUGGAACUUGAGCAGGAACGGAAGCGUGCCCAGAGCGAGGCUGAAAAGCUGGCCAAGGAGCGUCAAGAAGCCGAAGAGGCCAAGGAGGCCCUGCUCCAGGCCUCUCGGGACCAGAAGAAGACCCAGGAACAGCUGGCAAUGGAGAUGGCAGAACUGACAGCUCGGAUCUCCCAGCUGGAAAUGGCCCGGCAGAAGAAGGAGAGUGAGGCUGUGGAAUGGCAGCAGAAGGCCCAGAUGGUACAGGAAGACUUGGAGAAGACCCGUGCUGAGUUGAAGACUGCCAUGAGUACACCUCAUGUGGCAGAGCCUGCUGAGAACGAACAAGAUGAGCAGGAUGAGAAUGGGGCAGAGGCCAGUGCUGACCUACGGGCUGAUGCUAUGGCCAAGGACCGCAGUGAGGAGGAACGUACCACUGAGGCAGAGAAGAAUGAGCGUGUGCAGAAGCACCUAAAGGCCCUCACUUCAGAGCUGGCCAAUGCCCGUGAUGAGUCCAAGAAGACAGCCAAUGACAUGAUCCAUGCUGAGAACAUGCGACUCGGCCGAGACAAAUACAAGACCUUGCGCCAGAUCAGGCAGGGCAACACCAAGCAGCGCAUUGAUGAGUUUGAGUCCAUGUAAUGGAUGCUCAGCCUCUAGGGACCCCUCCUCCCUCCUUCCUUGCCUCCACUCCUACACCCUCGCCUAACUCACACUGUGCUGGAGCCACUAACUAGAGCAGCCCUGGAGUUAUGCCAAGCAUUCAGUGCAGCCAUGGGACCAAACCUAACUUUUCAGCCCCCAUUCAUUUCCGUGGGCAGACAAAUGGCCCACUGUGGUGCCAAUGGGACCUGCUUUCCCUUCUCUGUCCGACUUAAUCUAGAUCACUAGAAUAGACCAGUUCCCCAGCUCAGAGGCACCUCCCACUUGCUCUGACAACCCCCCUCUCCCACCACACACACACUUGCUAUUAUGGGGGUAAAGUGUGGAGUAGGUUGAAAGCUAGCCUCCCUUCCCACCCCACCACUGUCUUCCACUUCCAGGUCCUGUGAUUUGUAGGGUUGGAAUGUCACAGGGUUUAGGGAAGGAGGCAGGGCCCUGACUAUCUGCAGUAAGAUGUCAAUUGACCUAGGAUUUGGCCUGCGAAGGCCACUGCCUUUUAGAGUUAUAUAGGCUUUGUACUGAUUGGAGGAUAAAGAGAUGUUCAGUCAUUCUUGUUUCUACCUCCCAGAUUGGGCCUGUUACAAACUCAGUCCCAAUAAGCCUUGUCCCUGAGUUUAGGGACUCAGUUUCUCCCCAGGGUGGGCUGGGGGAGACAGUGCCUUCAAGAGACUUUACCAUCAUCCUAGAAGACCAUCAGCCCUUCUGUUCAGGCAAGGCUGGGUAGGAGAUCCUUCCCCAAUGCCUUAUGUGAGCCUAGGCCUGUCUUGAGUGAGCUCUAAGGGCAGAGGUACCCUUUACUUAUUAUUCCAGGUCCCUGGUCCCUUCUCUGGAUCUGCUCCUGCCUCCUUCAAUCCCCAAAUCCCCUCCAGCUAAAACAGAAGGGAUGAGUACCCAAAAGUCCAACUAGCCUCACCCAGGACUCUUGCCAAAACAAACAAACAAAAACAAAACAAAAACAGAGGAAAUGUACAUACCUGGCUUCAGUAUUUCCCCUGCGAGGGAUCCUAGGCCACUUCCAGAGAUACUUGGGUCCCAGCUCCUGUUUCACAGCCGUCCAGGCCUUGGUAUGGUGAGCCCUAGAGCUUGAUGCCAGUAAGCUCCAUUGCAGAGCGGGUGCAAGAAUAUGAGGGUGGUGAGAGAACCUGUGCUUCUGGGCUCACAGUUUACUCAACCCUCUCAGGUGCCCAACAGCCCCUUCCCUUCACCCCUCUCCUAGGUGGUGACUUGGGCUCUGCCUCUGUUUGACAAACCUCUGACCCAGGUCUUGCCACCAGCUGAGCUGUUCCAUGGAGCUAUAAACCAGAGAGCUGCUGGGGAUUCUGGCCUGAUCCCUUGGCACUACCCCACCCCUUGCUCUCAACCCUGGAGUAGCCUCCUCCUCCUCCUCUCUGUCUCAUGAAUGCUCUUUUUCUUUCCCACCAGUAUUAUAUAUAUUCUAGUGAUAUCUAACUCAGUAUUGAUUUCUGCCUUUUUUGCUAAUGCACCAUUAGAAGCUAUUAGUCUUGGGGCAGGAUCAUUUUGGCCUCAUUCCUUUACCACCACCCCCACACACACCUGGGAAGCAUAUACUAUAUUAUAAAGGAUAUUUUGCCAGAAAUGUUCAUGUAAGGAGCUUUCAGUAUUAGUGAUGUUACCUGUCACUAUAGGUCAUACAAUCAAUUCUUCAAGUACUUGGUAUCUGGUUUUAUUUUUCCUAUUUGCCUUCUCCCCAGGGUUUAGUCCUUCCAUGCAGUGCCCCUAGCCCAGAGCCUCCCUUGAUAAUCCCUCUCUUGCCUGACCUUGGGGAGUCUUGUGUGCAUUGCUGUGAAUUAUAUUGACACUCACUUGGUAAUAUGCCCUAUAUUGACUAAAUUCAAACCUGUAAUUGUGGGACAAUCUAGCUGCCUCAGUGGCAGUAACCCACCCCCAGGGAGGCUGGGGAGAAAGGUUAGAUUUUGUAUUCAGGUUUUUUGUGUGUAUUUUUUGGGUUUUUUUAAAAAAAUGUUUUUGGAGGGGUUUAUGCUCAACCCAUGUUCUAUUUCAGUGCCAAUAAAAUUUAGGAAGACAUUGUUGUGACUCAUUUUUUUUUUUUGUGGAAUUAGUGGCUGCCUGUAUUUCACUGUAAUUCAAACUCUGUAGACCACCUUUCCAUCCUUGAUUUUAGCACAAUUUGAGCCCAUAUUGGGCUUUGCCCUCCAGAACUGUGAGGCAGUACUUCGUGUUUCAAGCCACUGUGACAUUGCUCUCCAUGGGUGUUGUGGCAUGGAAGGUUAAGCUUCCAGCUGCGAUGCCAGCGUCCCAUGUGGUUGGCUGUUAGACCUGGCUGCUCCACUUUCUAUCCAGCUCCCUGCUAAUGUGCCUGGGAAGGCAGCAGAAAAUGGCCCAAGUCCUUGGGCCCCUGAAUCCCCACAUGGGAGACCUAGAAGAAGCUCUGGGCUUCUGGCUUUUGCCUGACCCAGCCAGCCCCUUCCAUUGCGGCCUUGGGGGAGUGAAGCAGCAGAUAGAUCUUUCUCUGUGUGUGACUCUGCCUCUCAAAUAAGAAAAUAAAUCUAAAAAAAAAUUUCCAUUUCUGAACUGACAGUGUUCCAAAACUGGAGAGCAGAAUAGAUCAGUAGUUGCCACAGUUAAGGAAGAAGGCAGCAGGUAGAGGCUGUGAGAAAUGUGUGUCUGUAAGAGAAAGAGAGCAACAUGAUGGACCCUCAUGGUGAUAGACUGUCUGCUGACUGUAUCAGUGUGUUUCUGUUGUAUUAUUGUAAGAUAAUUAAUAAGAUGUUACCACUGGGAGAACCCAAGUGAAAGGUACAUAGGAUCUCUCUGGACUAUUUCUUCAAAGUGCAUGUGAAUCUACAAUGAUCUCAAACAUUUCUUAAAAGGCUUUAAUUUAAGAAUAACAGGUGGAAGUGCUUCUGGGUGUAUAAGUAAGAGCAAAGAGUGCUUGUGUCUGCUCAAAGAUAUGGUAACAUUUUUAAUAGUUUCAAUCUGGAAACAACCCAAACUUCUAUCAACAAGGAUUCUGAAUGGAUGAAACUGUGGUAUAUUAAUAUAAUGAUGUAUUGCUCAGCACUAGAAACAAAUACACUGCUGAUGCAUUUAACAAUAUGGAUGGGGCCCGGCGCUGUGGUGUUAACAGGUAGAGCUGCUGCCUGCGGUGCUGGCAUUCCAUAUGAGCGCCAGUUCGAGUCCUGGCUGCUCCACUUCUGAUCUAGCUCUCUGCUAUGGCCUGGGAAAGCAGUGGGAGAUGGCCCAAGCCUUUGGGCCACUGCACCUACGUGGGCGACCUAGAAGAAACUCCUCGCUCCUGGCUUUGGAUCAGUGCAGCUCUGGCCAUUGCAGCCAUCUGGGGAGUGAAUCAGCAGAUGGAAGACCUCUCUCUCUCUCUCUCUCUCUCUCUAACUCUGCCUUUCAAAUAAAUAAAUAAAUGGGGGGAAACCAGUAUGGAUUAAUCUCACGGACAUCAUGUUGUGUAAAAAUAACCAAAACAAAGCAGAAUGUACUGUAUAAUUCCAUUUCUAUUUAGUUCUAAAGCAGGUAGUUGGAGCUAUAAAAGGGAUUGACUGGAAAGGGGCACAAGGAUACUCUGGGGCCAUGGAAAUACUCUUGGUCUGGAUGGUGGUUACUGGGUAUGUUUACAACAGGUAAAAAAUCAAGUCAUAAAGUUGUAUGUAAAUUAAAAAUCAUUUUUAAAUGAAAAAGGAGUUUCCUCAGUUCAAAAGCUUGAAAGUAUGGAAAAACCCUGGUCACCUUGUAGGCACCUGGAGACAGAUUGCUAGGUUCCUUUCAGAGUCUGAUUCAGGACCUCAGAAAUGGAGGCUGAGAAUUUGCAUUUAUGCUAAGUUCCCAGGGGGUGCUGAAGCUGCUGAUCCACCAUUCUAGUGUCUAGAGUAGAACAGCACUGGUAGAUUGAGUCCCAGAGAAAAGAGGGACUUGCCCAAGGUCACACAAGCUAUAGGGAGACACGGGCCUAUAACUUGCUUCCUGACUACUUUUCCUGGAAUUUCAAAGCCUGGAGCAGGCCUUCCCUAAUUUUCCAAACUUAUCUUUUUUUUUCUUUUUUUUUUUUUUGACAGGCAGUGUGGACAGUGAGAGAGAGACAGAGAGAAAGGUCUUCCUUUUGCCGUUGGUUCACCCUCCAAUAGCCGCCACGGCUGGCGCGCUGCGGCUGCCGUACCGCGCUGAUCCGAAGGCAGGAGCCAGGUGCUUCUCCUGGUCUCCCAUGUGGGUGCAGGGCCCAAGCACUUGGGCCAUCCUCCACUGCACUCCCGGGCCACAGCAGAGAGCUGGCCUGGAAGAGGGGCAACCGGGAAAGAAUCCGGCGCCCCGACCAGGACUAGAACCCGGUGUGCCGGCGCCGCUAGGUGGAGGAUUAGCCUAUUGAGCUUCGGCGCCGGCCCCAAACCUAUCUUUACCUCCAUCCCAAGAGUAGGGCUCCUUUGCCUGCUUUCCUAAAGCCCUUAAUGAUAUCAGGGCAGGAAGGGACCACAAAGACUAUUGAACCCAAGCCUUCCUCUACCUUUUAUAGAGUGGGAAACUGAGGUCCAAGAGUCCAAGUGACUUGUUCACAGAGUGGCAAGACUAGGCCUUGUACUAUCUCCUGACUCUGACCAGAUCUGUACAUACAUAGUAUGCCCUGGAGCACCCUUACUCUCCCAGCUGCUCUGCUUCCAAUCCUCUACCUAAAGAACCACGCCCCGACCCAACACCACAUAUGUAUCUGUGCACAGGUGGUGGCUCUUAACGCUUUUGGUCAAGAUAUUAAAGAAAUCUCUCUCUCUCUCUCUCUCUCUCUCUCUCUCUCUCUCUCUUUCUUUCUCUCCAGGAUCAUCCAUUUUCUCCUUGUCUUUUCCAGGGUCUUUCUCUCUCUCUCUAUUUAUGUAUUUACUUGAGGGGCAGAGUUACACCGAGAGGGAGAGACAGAAAGAUCUUCCAUUUACUGGUUCACUCCCCAAAUGGCUGCAAUGGCUGGAGCUGCGCCGAUUCUAAACCAGCAGCCAGGAGCCUCCUCCAGGUCUCCCACGUGGGUGUAGGGGCCCAAGGCACUUGGGCCACCCUCUGCUGCCUUCCCAGGCCAUAAGCAGAGAGCUGGAUUGGAGCAGGAACAGCCUGAACUUGAACGGGCGCCCAGAUGAGAUGCCAGCGCUGCAGGCGGAGGCUUAGCCCACUACUCCACAGCACUGGCUCCACUUGUUCUCUUUUAACCUAACUAGACCUUGCCUCAAUAUUUCUCUCCCCCAUCCCUGAAAUGGUCUAGAAUACAAAGUUAAGCAGGUCAGUUUCUUGCUUAAAAUGGGACUGACUCCCUGUUGCAGAAAAGCUGGAAUUCCUUUGCCUAGGGCCAUUCGUUGCUCUUAACAAUUUGACUUACCUUAUCUUUCACUAUCCAUCAUCUGUCCUUCCCCAGCACUUUGCAUUCCAGACAUAGUAGGCUCUGGCUAGCUCCUCAACAUCCCAGACUUGUUCAUGUCUACAUGCCUAUGUCGAAAUCAUAAUUAAUGUUUACUGAGUGCUUACUCUAUGCCAGAUACUGCUCUGCAUGCUUUACACAGUUACUCAUGUUAGCUCCACAGUAUCUCUGAUGUCAGGGUAAUUAUUACAGAAAAGGAAACUAAGGCACAGAAAGAAUAAGUAACUUCCCCAAGGCCACACUACUUGCAGUGACAGAAGCAAGACUUGAAUGUUUUGGGGGCGCCUCAAACUCAGGAUAGCAAACAUUAAUACCUUUUUUCUCACCCCACCUUGCUCGUCCUCUUACGUCCCUCUUUCACUUGGUGGUGUCAAUAUGUACUCGUUUUCCCAGAAUAUAAACCAAGAUGUGUUUCCUUGACAAUUCCUUCUUCUUUGCCCUAUCCCUGUGCCCAAUCAUCCUCCUUUCCAUUCUGCUCGCUAAAUAACUUCAAUACCUUGUCUACUUUACUCCUCCUGUGCUGUUGGGAUUGUUGUUUCUAGUGAGUGAUCUUUCUCACCUCUACUUUCAGUUGACUGUAGAAAUACCCACCCUCUCUGCAGCUUUGUUUAGCUUCUCAACUGCUACCUGAGUUGGUCUCAUAUUCCUUGCAAGUCCGUUCCCGUGCCUGGAUUAAUCAGUAACUAUGUACUCACGACUCCUGUGUUUCUCUAGUACCGAACUCUGUCUCAGCUUAAUUUGGAUGUCUAACUGCUCUUUUGAUAUCUCCACCAAUAUAUCAGAUAGGAUUCCUUUUUUAAAGAUUCAUUUGACAGGCAGAGUUACAGAGAGAGAGGGAGAGACAGAGAGACAGAAAUCUUCAAUCCACUGAUUCAUACCCCAAAUGGCCACAACAACUGGGCCAGAUUGAAGCCAGCAUCCUGGAACUCCAUCCUGGUCUCUCAUGUGGGUGCCAAGGGCCCAAACACUUGGGCAGUCUUCUGCUGCAUUCCCAGGCACAUUAGCAGGGAGCUGGAUCAGAAGUGGAACAGCUGGGACUUGAACUGGCAUCCAUGUGGAUGCCAGCAUUGCAGAUGGUGGCUUAACCCACUGUGAAACUAUGCUGGCCCCUCCCGAUAGGAUUCUUAGAUAGGAUUCUUCUUCCUAGACCCUUUCUUUCUUCCAUCUUUGUCAGCUCUGUGAAUGAUACCAUCAUUUACCCAGUGACUCAUGACCCCAAAUUUGGGAACCACCAUUCCUAUUCUCUCAGUCUUACUUAAAAUCCACCAGUGAGUCCUGUUAAAUGUAUCUUCAAAGAAUAUUCCAGACACAGCCAAUUCUUACUUCUUCUAGGCUAUCACUUAACCUGAGCCCAUUUCAUUAGCAAGAUUUUAACAGUGCUGCUGCCUGAAAUGCUCUUCCAGAGAACUUUCCAUGGCUCUGGUCCCAACUCAUAGAGGUCUUCCCUUAUCACUGUAUCUAAAGUAGCUCCUGUCUCUCAGUUCACACACGCAUGGCUAUAAUAGCUAACACUUGCAGCUUACAAUGUGCAUAAUACUCUUCUGUGCUCUGUACAUGUAUUAAAUCAGCCUUGCUAUGCUACUUUAAGAUAAAUAUGAUUAUCAUCCCAUAUUGGAGAUCAGCAAAGACAUUACACUUGAUCUUAGCCAAAAGGCUGAGAAGCGAUAGGAAAGACACAGAAAAGUUAGACAACUUUCCUAAGAUUACAUAGCUAAUAAGGUGCUGAGUCAUGAUUCAAACCCAUUCUUUAUCUCAUCCUAUUUUAAUUUGUUCAUAAUAUUUCUUGCUAACCGACAUAAACAUAAUGUAAUUUAUCAAUUCCCUGAUGUCUAGUUUAUAGCUUGUCUGUGCAACUACAAUAUAACCUCCAUUAAGGCAGAUUCUCUUUGGAUCAUAGCUGCAUCCUCCGAAAUUACCUGACCCGCAGUAGACACUCAUUUGCUUGUUGAAUGAGAGUGUGGCUCCUCCCUGGGAGUGUGUGGCUUUAUCUUAAGAUGAUCUCUCCCUUUCUGAAUUUCAACAUCUAAUCUCCUAGGAGCAGCUCCAGUCUUGUUUUUUUCCAUAAACCUCCUGCCAUCCUCCCCUCCUCACUCCUGCAUGCUAUCAUCUGCUGCUCGCCUGUCUUCAGUUCGUGACUGAACUCUCGUGUGCAACUGCAUGAUGUCUUCCCAACCUGAUUAUACAGUUCCUCCAAGCACUGGCCAUAUCUUUCUCAACACAGAGUCUUCUGAUACCAUACCAAGCUUAGUAUAUAAGUUCUACAUUAGCAUUUCUUGCCAUGGGUGUUGUGGUGCAGUGAGUUAUGCACCUCUUGGGAUCCCUACAUCGCAUAUUGGAGUGCAGGUUCUAGUCCUGACUCCUCCAUGCUUCCAAUUCAGCUUCCUGCUGAUGUGUCUAGGAGACAGCAGAUGAUGACCUAAGUACUUGGGAUCCUGCCACCCUUGAGGGAGGGCUGGAUUGAGUUCCUGUCUCCUGCCUUUGGCCCAGCCUAGAUAGGACUGUUGCAGGCAUUUGGGGAAGGGACUGGCAGAAGAAAGAUCUCUCUCUGUUUAUUUGUGUGUCUCUCCCUCUCUCACUGUCACCAUGCCUUUAUUUUAUUUAUUAAUUUAUUUAUUUGAAAGAAUUACACAGAGAAAGAGAGGCAGAGAGAGAGAGAGAGAGAGGUCUUCCAUCCGCUGGUUCACUCCCCAGAUGGCCUCAACAUCUGAAGCUGAGCCAAUCCGAUCCAAAGCCAGGAGCCAGGAGCUUCUUACAGGUCUCCCACAUGGGUGCAGGGGCCCAGGCACUUGGGUCAUCUUCUACUGCUUUCCCAGGCAAUAGCAGAGAGCUGGAUCAGAAAUCGAGCAGCUGGGUCUUGAACCAGUACCUGUAUGGGAUGCUGGCACUGUAGGCAGUGACUUUACCUACUAUGCCACAGCGCCGGCCCCACCAUGCCUUUCAAAUAAAUACAUACAUAUAUCUUAAAAAACACUUGCUCUUCUAUGAAUUAGCAACUCAGUUUCACUAAAUUCAUUAUGGGGUCUUUUACAUCAUUUAUAACCAUACAAAAUUACAGAUCCAUCAUUAUUUUGAUCGUCUGUUUCCUGCUUCCUAGCCAGUUUUCCCAUUCAUAGCAGACAAUCUUCUAAGAAAAACUUCUUAGUUUUUCUUACAGCCCUUGGUUUGGAUUAUGUCAGAGGGGUUUAGGAAGUGUCAGUUCCACCUGAUGUUUUUCUAUGUCUAUUGACCCCUGCAUGGAAACUUGUAACAUGUUUUAAAAAACAGAUUUACUUCAUUUAUUAAUAAGUCAGAUUUACAGAGAGAGAAGGAGGGAGGGAAAGAGAGAGGGAGACAGAGAGUGAGAGAACACAUACCCUUCCUUCCAUGGUUUCACUCCCCAAAUGGCUGCAAUGGCUGGGACUGGGCCAGGCCAAAGCUGGGAGCCAGGAGCUUCAUCUGGGUCUGCCACGUGGGCUCAGGGGCCCAAGCACUUGGACCAUCUUCCACUGCUUUUCCCAGGCACAUUAGCCAGGAGCUGGAUCAGAAGUUGGAGCAACAGGGACUCGAACAAGCUUCUAUAUGGGGUGUGGGUGCUGCAGAUGGCGGUGCAACAGCACCGGCCCCAGAAGCUUGUAGCUUAAUUGAGCCCCUUGUCUUGCCUGUCUCCAUCACUACAACUUAUUCCCUUACUGUUUUUGAUCCAGGGGUAUCUUUGGUGGGUUUUGGCUGUAUGAAAAUAGAUAAAGUUUACAGCAGUUUGGUUGAACUGCCAGGUAACUCACUAUCCUUUGACAAGUGAAUAAUUAUUCAAAUCUGCUCUGCAUUUCUAAGAAGGCAAGGUCAGGAGCUUGACACUGGUGGCAGAAUUGAGUCUUUCCCAGAUAGAAAUAGGCUUGUGGCUGAUUAUCCAAAAUGAAGACCACUCCAUAAAUCACUCUUUGCAAAUGCCAUUUUAUUGCCAGUGAAAACUAUGCAAUUGCUGUGUGUUUUGCGAUCAAGGAGAACCCAAGGGGUCUUUGCUAACAUCUGGUCUUGGAACCUGGGAAACCAGAAUUCUUCCUUCCCAUCUUGGAAGCCCAUGGUUUGUUCCUCUAUUCAUCCUUUACUGUUUCCUUUUUUUUUUUUCUGUCUCUUAGUAAAAUUUUCUAGUGUGAUACUUUAAUUCCUUUAGCAUAUUUUUUGGUGUUAUUUCAUUAGUGGUGUCCCUAAGGCCUACUAUGUGCAUCUUAUUAGAAUCACCUUCAGAAUAUACCAACUGAAUUCCAAUAAUAGUUUUCUUUUUUAAAAAAUAUUUAUUUAUGUAUUUGAAAAUCAGAGUUACACAGAGAGAGGAGAGGCAGAGAGAGAGAGAGACAGAGAGGUCUUCCAUCCACUGAUUCACUCCCCAGUUGGCUACAACAGCCAGAGCUGUGCCGAUCCGAUGCCAGAAGCCAGGAGCUUCUUCCGGGUCUCCCACGUGAGUGCAGGGGCCCAAGGAUUUGGUCCAUCUUCUACUGCUUCCUCAGGCCAUAGCAGAGAGCUGGAUAGGAAGUGGAGUAGCCGAGUCUUGAACCGACACCCAUAUGGGAUGCCAGCACUGCAGGCCAGGGCGUUAACCCACUGUGCCACAGCGCUGGCCCUGAUAGCACCAUUGUAUAGUCCCGCAAACAGUAUAUGUAUGGUCAAUUUCUCCACAUUCUAGCUGACAUUUGUUAUUUCUUUCUUUCUUUGAUACUAGUCUUUCCAGUGUAUGAGCAGUAUCUCAUUGUGGUUCUGGAUUGCAUUUUGCCUAUGCCUCAUGAUGUUGAACAUUUUUAUGUGAUUAUUUGCCAUUGUGUAUCUCUGUAGAAAUGUCCAUUUAUAUCCCUUGUUCAUUUUUAAAUGACAUAGUUUGUCUUUAUUGUUGAAUUGUUGUAAUUCUUUAUAUAUUCUGAAUAUCCCAUCCUUAUCAGAUAUGUGAUUUUUAAUAGUUUUCCCACUUUGGGGGCUGAUUUUUUUUCACUUUCUGGAUAAUGUUCUUUAAAGUAGUACAUUUUUAUUUUGUGUGAAUUCAAUUUAUCUUUGUUUUCCUUAGUUGCUUGUGCUUUAGUUAUCAUGGUUAAAAGCAAUUUCCUUAUUCAAGGACAUGAAGAUGUCCAUGUAUCUUUUCUUCUAUGAGUUUUAUAGUUUUAAAUUUUACAUUUAGGCCUAAAUCCAUUUAUGUAUAUGUUGUGAAGUAGGGGCCCAAUUUCAUAUGUUUGGGUGUGUAUAUCCCACUUUCCCAGUAUCAACUGUAGAAAAAAAAAACACUUUUCCCCUAUUAAUUGGCUUGGCACUAUGGCCCAAAUCAAAUUAUAAUAAAUGUUAGAGUUUACCCUGGACUCUAAAAUCUAUUUCAAUGGUUUCUCAGUCUAUCAUUAUGCCAAUAUUUCACAAUCUCGAUUAGUGCAACUUUAUAGUAAGUUUUGAAAUCAUGUUAUCUGCAAAUUGGUAUAGUUUACUUCCUUCUGUCCAAACAUGAUAGGCUUCAUUUCUUCUUAUUGCCUAAUUGUGCUGGAUAAAACCUUAAAUACAAAGCUGAAAAAAGUGACAAGAAUAGACUUUCUUGUCUUUCAUAAUCUUAAGGUGAAAUCUUUCAAUCUUUCACUGUGAAGUAUGAUAUUAGCUGUGGUUUUUUUGUAGAUACCUGCUGAAGUUCCAUUCAAUUCCUAGUUUAUUCUAUGUUUUUAUCAUGAAAGAGUACUGGAUUUUGGAAAAUGUUUUAUCAGCAUCUAAUGAGAUGAUCUUAUGUAUUUUUUCUUUUUUCUAUCAAUAUUGUGUUAUAUUAUUUGACUUUCUAUGUUGAAACAAUAUUGCACUCCUGAGAUAAAUCCCACUUGUUCAUAGCAUGCAAUUCUUUCUAUAUGUUGAUAGUUUUAUUUCCCAGUAUGUUGUUGAGGGAUGUGGCAUCUAUAUUCGUAAAGUAUAUUGGUCUCUAAUUUUCUUGUGAGAUCUUUGGUUUUAUUAUCAUGGUAAUACUAGGAUCAUAGAAUGAAUUGGGGAAAGCACCCUCCUCUUCUAUUUUUUUGUAGGAGUUUAUGAAUGAUUGGUUUUAAUUCUUUAAAUGUUUGGUAGGAUUCACCAUUGAGUGAAGCCAUCUGGUCUGGGUUUUUCUUUGUGGGUAGAGCUUUUUGAAUAUUAAUCUGAUCUCUCUACUUGUUACAAAUCUACUCAAAAUUUUUAUUUCUUGUUGAGUAAGUUUCAGUAAUUUAUGCCUUUCUAGGAAUUAUUCUUUUUUCAAGAUUAUCUAGUUUGUGGCAUAUAAAUUUUCUUAGUAUCAUCAUAAUUAGUUUUAUUUCGGUAAUCUUGGUAUUAAUGUACUCCCUUUCAUUCCUAAUGUUAGUCAUCUGAAUCUUCUCUCUUUUAUUCUUGAUCAGUUUAGCAAAUGCUUUGGCAAUUUGGUUGACGUUUACAAAGAUCCAAUUUUGGUUUUGUUAAUUUUCUCUAUUGUUUUUCUAUUAUCUUUUAAAUUUAUUUCUGCUCCAAUAUUUACUUCUUCCUUCUUCUGCUUGCUUUAUUUUUUUCCUUUUUUUCUAUUUUUUUAAGGUAGAAUAUUAGAUUACUGAAAUCUUUCUUCCUUUUUAAUAUAGGCAUGUACAGCUAUAAACUUCCAUUUUAAGCAGUGCUUUAGCUGCUUCCCCUAAGUUUUUGCUAUGUUGUGCUUUUAUGUUCACUUAUUUAAAAAUAUUUUAAGAGUUCCUUAUUUGUUUUCAUUUUAUCAGAGAGAGAGAGAGAAAAAAAAAAGAGAGAGAGAGAGAAUGAAUCUUUCAAUUACUGGUUUAUUCUUCAAAUAUCUGCAACAGCUAGCCAGGCACGGGAUGAGGGGGCAGGCUGAAGCCAGGAGCCAGUAUGGUAGGGGCUUCCCUAAGGUCAGAAAGAAGAAAAAAGAGAAACUUAUCUUGGGAAUGGAAUGUAAUCAUUAUCUGUCUAUGAAUGCUUCGACUGUAGUAACUGUCUGCUUAUAUGUAACCAUUUCAGCUUCUGCUUGCUAAAGAGAGCAAUGAUUUUAACCCAUGCAAGACAGUGCACAGCUUAGUAUGUGUGUGAAAGAAACAUCAUCAGUAACUAUGUACCCACAUGCAGUAUUGUAUCCAUUUCCAUAGCCAGCAUGUAACAUUAGAAUAGCCAAUCAGGCCGGCGCCGCAGCUCACUAGGCUAAUCCUCCACCUUGCAGUGCUGGCACACCGGGUUCUAGUCCCGGUCGGGGCACCGGAUCCUGUCCCGGUUGCCCCUCUUCCAGGCCAGCUCUCUGCUGUGGCCAGGGAGUGCAGUGGAGGAUGGCCCAAGUCCUUGGGCCCUGCACUCCAUGGGAGACCAGGAUAAGCACCCGGCUCCUGCCUUCGGAUCAGCGUGGCGCGCAGGCUGCGGCGGCCAUUAGAGGGUGAACCAACGGCAAAAGGAAGACCUUUCUCUGUCUCUCUCUCUCACUAUCCACUCUGCCUGUCAAAAAAAAAAAAAAAAAAAAAAAAAAAAAAAAAAAAAAGAA